UCCUCCUUCCUCUUGCAGGUGAGGUGGUGUCGUUCAAGAAGUUCCAGGGGAAGGUGGUGCUGGUGCAGAACACGGCGUCGCUCUGAGGGACGACCACCAGGGACUUCCACCAGAUGAACCAACUCAAGGAAGAGUUCGGGGACAAGCUGGAGGUCCUGGCCUUCCCCUGCAACCAGUUCGGGCACCAGGAGAACACCACCGAAGGAGAGUUGCUGAGCUCCCUCCGCCACGUCCGCCCUGGCAACAACUUCGAGCCCAAGAUGGUUAUGUUUGGCAAAGUCGAUGUCAACGGGUCAACAGCUGAUCCCGUCUUUAAGUACCUGAAGGAGCGACUGCCACUGCCCGCUGACGACAGCGUGAGCUUCAUGUCAGACCCAAAGUGUAUCAUUUGGACACCUGUCUGCCGCUCUGACAUCGCCUGGAACUUCGAGAAAUUCCUCAUUGGCAAGGAUGGACAGCCGUUUAAGAGGUUCAGCAAGAAGUAUGAAACCAUACUGCUUAAAAAUGAAAUCGCAAACUUGCUGUAAGCUUAAGAAAAGUUAUUCAAAGAAGACCGGUGACCAAGACACAUAAGAAAAGAAAAUGAGACAAAAACAAAAUAUAACCAACAACCAGCAACAAAACAACAGAAAACGGAAAACGGCGCAAUAGUAAACGGGAAACGGCAAAGUAAGAAAACGGGAAACGGCGAAAUGGAAAACGAAAAGCGUAGAAAACAGAAAACGGAAGACGGAGACAUAGUAAACGAGAAACGGCAAAAUAAGAAAACGGGAAACGGCGAAAUGGAAAUCGGAAAGCGUAGACACAGAAAACGGAAGACGGAGACAUAGAAAACGGGAAACCACCCCAACUGCCGUACUCCAAACAGCUGAUCCCUCUCCCGUGCAAAAAGGGCUCUUCAGGACGUCAUCAAUGAAGGGAAUCCUACAAACACUCGUAAAGUGCUAGGGUUCCUGGAUGAAGGAUUUCGAGGUCCUGGGGCUCAACGAUUUUAUUUUUGCAUGGGGCGUAGGAUCAGUUAAGAGUUCAUUAAGAUACUUUUCAAGAUAUGCUAAAGAUUUUUUUUUUUUUUAAUGUCUUGUGUGUUAGUGGCAUCGCGUAUUAUAUAUUUGGAACAAGUCGAUGUGAAUUUUAUAUUAAAAGGACAUAAUUUACUAAA